AUUAGCUUACUUAUGGUGUUGGUGUGUGUGGGUAUCUGUUUGUCUAUACAUAUUUAUUACUGUACUGAAAAUCUGAAAUUGCUGAUACCCAUUUUCCAUUUUCCCUUUUCUCUGCAUUCUCAUCUCUGUAAGACACUCUGUCCUUCUCUGUCUUGGUUCAGUGGUUCUGGUUGCAGAAAUAUAAAAAUAUUGAAUGGAUUUAUGAUUCUAAGAAUCUUUUUUUUUUAACACUCUACGUUUACUUGCUGGGCUUUGUGAUCCCAAGUUUAUUGAUGAUAAAGGGUGAAGUUUUUUCUGAUCUGGGUCUUGUCUGUAAUGAUGUUUGUGAAACUUCUCUUGACUUGCAUGUACUUGAUUCAAGGUUUUCAAGUACUUCUUCAACUUAUUUUAUUUUCCCUUUUGGUUGUUUUAUAUGCACUACUUGUUUGAUUGUUACUCUCUAUCCACUGUUACCACUUUUAGGUUGUUGAUGAAUAGGCUUUUAGUUUUGAGAAUGCCAAAUUAUUGAGGAUUCGUACAGCAAACAACAACUAAUUUAGGGUCUAGGCGUGGUUAAUGUUCUAGUUGAAAUGUCAAAGAUCAGCUGUACUGUUGUAAUUAUGUAAUGUACAGGGGAGGUACAUGUAAAUUGUUUACUGAAUUGUCAUUUUGCUUUAGUGUUGAAUUCUUUCACAGAGACUUCAAGAACAUAGAAUUGACCAAAAAAUAAGAAGGCUGUAAUUUUCUUUGGAAUCGUAGAAUUAGUGAAUCUGUAUUUUGACUUCAUUAACGAGCAUUAUGGGAUUGCUAUGCAUGUAUUUAUCAGUCCAGUGAAUUUAUAUGCAGCAGAAAUGAGAGAGAGAGAGAGAGAGAGAGAGAAAAUUAGUGUUGGAUUGCGACGAGCAUAAAUGGGCGACAUAGACACUGAAGAUUCAUAUCGCCGACACCAACUUGCUUGGGAUUGAGGCAUACUUGUUUGUUUUUAUUCGUCAGGCGAAUCGAAGUGAAUACAUUCCCUGCAGUUCACUUCUUGUAUGUUGUGAUUUGUGCAGAAGAGAAGUAUUCUCUAACAUCCUUUAGAGAAGGAUGGCUCUUUCUGGAGCUAAAGAAGAUGCAAGAGAGGUGAGGAUUUAUGAGUAUUUGGAUGAACUAAGUGCUGAUCUGGCAGACUAUAUUUCAGAACUAUCAGAAGCUUCUGUGAAAGAGAGGGGAGUAUUUGCCAUUGCGUUAUCCGGUGGAUCUCUCAUCAGCUUAAUGAGAAAACUAUGUGAAGCCCCUUAUAGCAAAACGGUUGAUUGGGCCAAGUGGUAUAUAUUUUGGGUGGACGAACGUGUCGUGGGAAAGAAUCAUGUUGAUAGUAAUUACAAGCUAGCCAAGGAUGGUUUUUUAUCCAAGGUCCCUAUUGUUCCAAGCCAUGUACAUUCUAUUAACGACACAGUGUCAGCUGAGAAAGCUGCUGAAGACUAUGAGUUUGUCAUAAGACAGCUUGUGAGGACUCGUGUAAUCAGCGUUUCUGACAUUAGCGACUGCCCCAAGUUUGACCUUAUCCUUCUUGGGAUGGGCCCUGACGGCCACAUUGCAUCUCUAUUCCCUGAUCAUUACAUACUUGAUGAGAAAGCAGAAUGGGUGACUUUUAUAACGGACUCACCCGAGCCCCCUCCGGAGAGGAUUACUUUCACUUUGCCUGUCAUUAACUCUGCCUCCAAUGUGGUUGUGGUUGUUACUGGAAGCAGCAAAGCAGAAGCUGCACAUUUGGCAAUUGAUGAUGUCGGGCCUGAGUGUCCGUUGUCAUCGCCCGCAAAGAUGAUCCAGCCAACUAAAGGGAAAUUAGUGUGGUAUCUGGAUAAGGCAGCUGCCUCAAAACUAGAAGGCACAAAAUAUUCAGAGUAGGACCAGAUUUUCCAUGUCAAAAAUGUAUGUUGCAGAAGGCAUGUGGAACUUAGUACAUUGUCAGGUUAUUUCAAUUCAUCUUUCCUUACUGCCAAAAUUUAAUGCCUUUUCUCAUUAGAAAGGUUAUUAGGCUUUUGUGAUGGAUCAAGUGUAUUCCACCUGCAGUCUCCUCUUCUGAUGUGGUGGUUGUCUUUUUAUUGGGGAAAACAUCAGAAAUUUUGGUGCCCACA